AUCCCCGCUCGCAGCACCUCGGUUGUCCCGCCGCAGCCUUGAUCCCCCAGCCCGGCUCAGCGGCGCUCCUGCGGGAUCCGCGUGGCUGCGGCGGCCCGGGAGCCCGAUGCGGCUCGGCGGGCGCUGGGCCUCAGCCGCAGCGGCAACCACAGCUCCUUCAGGAGUGGGAGGCUUCGCGGCGGCGCCUGGGGCCGGGCCGGUGCCCUCCGGAGGAGGCUGUCUGCUCAGGGACGACCCCCACGGUCAUGCUGAGGCGGCGGCGGCCGCUGCUCGAGCAUCAAACAGAGCAUACUGAAACAGCAGGGCUGGCUGGUGGUGCAGCAAGCAUCAUGAGUAAGCACAGAGAAGUCUGUUCCUUAUCACGUGUGUAAGGGGAAAAAGAUUUAAACAAGUCUCUUGAGUGGUGUUUUCUCACCGAUGGAGAAUUACUUCCAAGCAGAAGCUUACAACCUGGACAAGGUGUUAGAUGAAUUUGAACAAAACGAAGAUGAAACCGUUUCUCCUGUUUUAUUGGAUACAAGGUGGAAUAAGAUUCUAGAUCCCCCUUCUCCCCGACUGUCAUUUAACCCUGCAUUGGCCAGUGUGAGUGAACCUACAGUUUCUGAGUCACAGCCACAACUGAAAGUCUUCUCCCUGGCUCACUCAGCUCCUCUUAACACAGAGGAAGAGGAUCACUGUGCUAAUGGACGGGACUGUAGUCUGAAUCCAGAGAUCAACACAAUGUGGAUUGAUGAAAAUGCGGUUGCAGAAGACCAGUUAAUUAAGAGGAACUGUAAUCAAGAUGAUCAACGCAGUAUUGUCGAAGUGGGAGAGAAGAAAUGUGGAAACCUAGCUUGUCUGCCAGAUGAGAAGAGCGUUCUUGUUGUAGCCGUCAUGCAUAACUGUGAUAAAAGGACAUUACAAAGCGAUUUGCAGGAUUGUAAUAAUUAUAAUAGUCAAUCCCUCAUGGAUGCUUUUAGCUGUUCACUGGAUAACGAAAACAGACAAACUGAUCAAUUUAGUUUAAGUGUAAAUGGGUCCACUGAAAAAGAUAUGAACUCAGAGAAACAAAUGGAUCCAUUGAGUAGACCAAAUUCAGAGGGGGAUUCUGUUAAAUACAUAUGUACUACUUCAUCUGAUAAUCUAGCCACUGUCUGUUCCCCUUCACAGUUACAGGAUGAUGAAAAUAUAGAUAGAGACCCCACCAUGUCUGUGAUUACAAGUUUAACACCAGAUUCAGUAAUCUCAUUCCAGGGAACAGAUGAAGGUCCUGCUGUAAAGCAAGAGGACUCUACACCAGAUGAGGUUCUCACUGGCAAAACCAGCUCUCCUAGGACAGAUCUAGGGAGUCCAGACUCCUCUUCCCACUUGAGUGAGGGGAUUUUGAUGAAAAAAGAGCCAGCAGAGGAAAGAACAACUGAAGAAUCCAUCCAUUCUGGUUUACCUUUGCUUCUCAAAGCUGACAUGCCUAAUGGGUCUGGCAGGGAUGAUAACUGUGAACAGUUUUCAGAUUGCCUUGUGCCUGGUGAAGUUAGAGCUGAUGAAAAUGAAGGUUGUAAACAUGAAGAAAUUCUUGGCACUACAGAACUUCUUAAUAUGACCAAGCAUUUCUCUGGAUCUCAGGAGAUGACUAAUUGGAAAUUGACUAAACCAAACAAGAUGGAUGACAGCCAAGUAAAUAAAGAAAAUGAGAAGUUUCUGCACAUGAAUCAGCCUGAAGAUACUUAUGAUGAUAGUGGAGGAGAGAGUGAUAGAAUGGCAGAAGCAGAUCUAGAUUUAAAACAAACUUGCAUGAAUGAAAGUGAAGGAUGUGAUUUCUCCACUGUUAUGGAUACACCAGCAGCAAAUUCACUAUCUAAUUGUGAUUCCUAUGGAAUGCAGAGCCCAGUUGUUUGUUUUGUUCCAAAGACUUUACCUUCCAAAGAAGAUUCAGUAACAGAAGAAAAGGAAAUAGAGGAGAGCAAGUCAGAAUGCUACUCAAAUAUUUAUGAACAGAGAGGAAAUGAAGCCACAGAAGGGAGUGGACUACUUUUAAACAGCACUGGUGACCUAAUGAAGAAAAAUUACUUACACAAUUUCUGUAGCCAGGUUCCAUCAGUGCUUGGGCAGUCUUCACCCAAGAUAGUAGCAAACCUGCAAUCUAUCAGUGUUCCUUUUGGUGGUGCAAGACCCAAGCAACCUUCCAAUCUUAAACUUCAAAUUCCAAAGCCAUUAUCAGACCAUUUGCAAAAUGACCUUCCUGCAAACAAUGGAAAUAAUAUUAAAAACAAAAAUGAUGUUCUUGGGAAAGCAAAAUUAGGGGAAAACUCAGCAACCAAUGUAUGCAAUGCCUCUUUGGGAAAUAUCUCUAUUGCUGAUACAAAUGGGGAACAUUUAGAAAGUAAUGAGUCUGGCAUAUCCAGUAGACAGUGCGUUGCAUUACCUCCAGAAAGCCCAGAUAAUGAUCUCAGAGCUGGUCAGUUUGGAAUUUCUGCUAGAAAGCCAUUUACCACUCUGGGUGAAGUGGCUCCAGUGUGGGUACCAGAUUCUCAGGCUCCAAAUUGCAUGAAAUGUGAAGCCAGGUUUACAUUCACCAAAAGGAGGCAUCAUUGCAGAGCAUGUGGGAAGGUUUUCUGUGCUUCCUGCUGUAGCUUGAAAUGUAAACUGUUAUACAUGGAUAGAAAGGAAGCUAGAGUAUGUGUAAUCUGCCAUUCAGUGCUAAUGAAUGCUCAAGCCUGGGAGAACAUGAUGAGUGCCUCAAGCCAGAGCCCUAACCCUAACAAUCCUGCUGAAUACUGUUCUACUAUCCCUCCCUUGCAGCAAGCUCAGGCCUCAGGAGCCCUGAGCUCUCCACCUCCCACUGUGAUGGUACCUGUGGGAGUUUUAAAGCACCCUGGAGCAGAAGUGGCUCAGCCCAGAGAGCAGAGGCGAGUUUGGUUUGCUGAUGGGAUCUUGCCUAAUGGAGAAGUUGCUGAUGCAGCCAAAUUAACCAUGAAUGGAACUUCCUCUGCAGGAACCCUGGCUGUGUCACAUGACCCAGUCAAGCCAGGAACUACCAGUCCCCUAUCAGCAGAGACGGAUAUUUCUCUAUUCUCCGGAAGUAUAACUCAGGUUGGAAGUCCUGUUGGCAGUGCAAUGAACCUUAUUCCUGAAGAUGGCCUUCCUCCCAUUCUCAUCUCCACUGGUGUAAAAGGAGACUAUGCUGUAGAAGAGAAACCAUCACAGAUUUCAGUAAUGCAGCAAUUGGAGGAUGGUGGCCCUGACCCACUUGUAUUUGUUUUAAAUGCAAAUUUGUUGUCAAUGGUUAAAAUUGUAAAUUAUGUGAACAGGAAGUGCUGGUGUUUUACAACCAAGGGAAUGCAUGCAGUGGGUCAGUCUGAGAUAGUCAUUCUUCUACAGUGUCUACCGGAUGAAAAGUGCUUGCCGAAGGAUAUCUUUAACCAUUUUGUGCAGCUUUAUCGGGAUUCUCUGGCAGGGAAUGUUGUAGGCAACUUGGGACAUUCCUUCUUCAGUCAAAGUUUCCUUGGCAGUAAAGAACAUGGUGGAUUUUUAUAUGUGACAUCUACUUACCAGUCACUGCAAGACCUAGUACUCCCAACCCCACCUUACUUGUUUGGGAUUCUCAUCCAGAAAUGGGAAACUCCUUGGGCUAAAGUGUUUCCCAUCCGACUAAUGUUGAGACUUGGAGCCGAAUAUCGACUUUAUCCUUGCCCACUGUUCAGUGUCAGAUUUCGGAAGCCAUUGUUUGGAGAGACGGGGCAUACCAUCAUGAAUCUUCUUGCAGACUUUAGAAAUUACCAGUAUACAUUGCCAGUAGUUCAAGGUUUGGUGGUUGAUAUGGAAGUUCGGAAAACCAGCAUCAAAAUUCCCAGCAACAGAUACAAUGAGAUGAUGAAAGCCAUGAACAAGUCCAAUGAGCAUGUCCUGGCAGGAGGUGCCUGCUUCAAUGAGAAGGCAGACUCUCAUCUCGUGUGUGUCCAGAAUGAUGAUGGCAACUAUCAGACCCAGGCUAUCAGUAUUCACAAUCAACCCAGAAAGGUGACUGGUGCCAGUUUCUUUGUGUUCAGUGGCGCUCUGAAAUCUUCUUCAGGAUAUCUUGCCAAGUCCAGUAUUGUGGAAGAUGGCGUUAUGGUCCAGAUCACUGCAGAGAACAUGGAUGCCUUGAGGCAGGCGCUGCGGGAGAUGAAGGACUUCACCGUCACCUGUGGCAAGGCAGAUGCCGAGGAUCCCCAGGAGCACAUCCACAUCCAGUGGGUGGAUGACGACAAGAAUGUCAACAAGGGUGUCAUAAGUCCCAUAGAUGGGAAGUCCAUGGAGUCUAUAACAAGUGUGAAGAUAUUCCAUGGAUCAGAGUAUAAAGCAAAUGGAAAAGUCAUCAGAUGGACAGAGGUGUUCUUCCUAGAAAAUGAUGACCAGCACAGUUGCCUGAGUGAUCCUGCAGAUCACAGCCGACUGACCGAGCAUGUUGCCAAGGCUUUUUGUCUUGCUCUGUGUCCCCACCUGAAGCUUCUGAAGGAAGAUGGAAUGACUAAACUGGGACUACGUGUGACACUUGACUCAGAUCAGGUUGGCUAUCAAGCGGGGAGCAAUGGCCAGCCCCUUCCCUCGCAGUACAUGAACGAUCUGGACAGCGCUUUGGUGCCGGUGAUCCAUGGAGGGGCCUGCCAGCUCAGUGAGGGCCCCAUCGUCAUGGAACUCAUCUUUUAUAUUCUGGAAAACAUCGCAUAGACAGAGAGGACUUCAUUUUUUUCUGUUCAGACCUGUUGCAACAGCAGUCAUACCCAAAUCAUUUGCACUUUAGAACUGGAAAAUUAAGAUUUUGUUAACACUAUUAAUGGGGGAGGGGGUGGGGUGGGGGUUUGGGGGAGGGGGUGGGAAAGGGUGGUUGGGGGGAAAGAUGUUCCAUAAUUCUAAGUCUUCUAUGCAUUGUCCACCGAGAAGAUCUGGGCAGCUUCUGUUACUGCACCACAGUUACGCUAUCCUUGCAGCUAAUCCCCUUCUGUUACUGUUUAGACAAAAGUUCUGCUCCUCUGUUUUAAGACUUACUUUUGGUCUUGUGCUCAGAAAUGUUCAGAUGGAUACAGCCAUCACCAAGGGUAGGGUGGGAGGGCAGAGGGGAAAUAAAAAACGAAGCAUCAGUCUUGAACUCUUUGUAUAGGAUGGAUAUAAAAAGGACAGUUUCAUGCUAAUCUUGUCCCAGUUACAUCACAGCGAUUUCAAGUAGGAGUCACACUUAGAGUUCUUGUUUUUACUAGAUUAUUUAUUGAAGUGAAUCAAAGACCCAAAGGAUUAUCUCUCUUCUAUCCAAGGAAGGGCGACUCAGUGUAAAUGAGGUCACCUGGAUAGUAGAGCCAAGUACAGGAUCUCUCAAGAUCUGCCAGUGGAUGAGACACUGAAUUGGGCCUUUCUGUGAAAGCUGACAGAAUAUACCCAAGACAUUUUUAGUUAUAAUUGACACUAGAGGUAUUUUAUUUUAUGCCAUGCUCUGCCGCUUGCAGGAUCUUAGUUCCCGACCAGGGAAUCGAACCUGGGCCCUGGCAGUGAAAGUGCAGAGUCCUAACCACUGGACCACCAGGGAAUUCCCUACACUAUAGAUAUUUUUUAAAAUAUUUUAUUGAGAAAUAAUUUAAACUUCCAGGAAAGUGGCAAGUUAAAAAAAACCAC